ACUUUUGUGGUUAUAGAUUAGUGGUUAGUGGUUACGGUUACUUGCACAGAAAACGACAAUUGAUCAACAAUGUUUGGCUUAGUCAAACUUGCUUAGAAGUUGAAGUAUAAAGAGAGAGUGAUGGAGGAAAAGGUAGGUUAAUUAAGGGGAAGAGUGUUAGUGUUGGGCCAUAAUGGAGGCGGAAGCUGAACGGCCGCUUAAACUUUACUUCAUUCCAUACCUGGCAGCCGGUCACAUGAUUCCUCUUUGCGACAUAGCGCAAUUCUUCGCCUCACGUGGUCAGCACGUGACCAUCAUCACCACCCCUUUCAACGCCCAAACCCUACACCAGUCCAAAAACUUUCAUGUCCAGACCUUCCAAUUCCCUUCCCAAGAAGUGGGCCUCCCGGAAGGAGUGGAAAACUUGUCCACUGCCACCGACCUCCAAACAUCCAACAGGAUAUACAUGGCCACCACACUGCUCCGCCAACCCAUGGAGAGUUUCGUGGAGCAGCACCCACCCGAUUGCAUCGUCGCCGAUUUUCUAUACCCCUGGGUCCAUGACUUAGCACUCAAGCUUCGCAUCCCCAGGCUCGUUUUCAACGGAUUCUCCCUCUUCACCAUUUGCGCCAUGGAGGCCGUCAAAACGCACGGCAUCGGCGCCUCCCUUCCUUUUCUCAUUCCUGAUUUCCCUCAUCACGUCACCAUGAACGCAGCCCCACCCGAGGACGUUCGCCGAUUCAUAGAAUCCCUGCUCACGGUGGCGCUCAAGAGCGACGGUUUCAUCAUCAACAAUUUCGCCGAGCUUGACGGAGAAGAGUACCUCCGCCACUACGAGAGAACGACGGGCCACAAGGCGUGGCACCUUGGCCCAGCGUCGCUCGUUCGCAGUACUUGUCUGGAGAAAGCAGAGAGGGGGCUGAAGAGCGUGGUGAGCGUGGAGGAGUGCGUGAGUUGGCUGGACUCGAAGCGAGUGAACUCGGUGGUGUACAUAUGCUUUGGGAGCAUAUGCUAUUUCCCGGAUAAACAGCUUUACGAGAUUGCAAGCGCUAUAGAAGCAUCGGGUCAUGAAUUCAUAUGGGUGGUUCCGGAGAAGAAGGGGAAGGAGAAUGAAAGCGAGGAAGAGAAGGAGAAUUGGUUGCCCAAGGGGUUUGAAGAGAGGGGAAUGAUCAUUAAGGGGUGGGCCCCACAGGUGGUGAUACUGGGGCAUCCCUCUGUUGGUGCUUUUCUGACGCACUGUGGCUGGAACUCCACGGUGGAGGCUGUAACUGCGGGGGUUCCCAUGAUUACGUGGCCAGUGCACAGCGAUCAGUUCUACAACGAGAAGCUGAUAACUAGGGUGCGGGGGAUUGGGGUGGAGGUGGGUGCAGAGGAGUGGACCUUCUGUGGUUUCUACGAGUGUGGAAAGGUGGUGGGCAGAGAUCGCAUAGAGGAGGCUGUGAGGAGGGUGAUGGACGGUGGUGAUGAGGCUCAGCAAAUCAGACGCCGAGCAAAGGAGUUUGCGGAAACGGCUAGGCAAGCUGUUGGAGAGGGUGGUUCAUCGUACAACAAUUUAACGGCUCUCAUUCAUCAUCUUAAAACACUCACAUUGUAAGCCACUCCAUCCUCCACAUGCUUAAUUAGAUAACAAGUCAAACGUCAUAGAUACACUACACUCCCUCUUGGAUUUGAUCAGACAUACAUGUCACUCUAAUUAUUAUCUUAUCUUUUGUUUAUGGGGAUUGCUACCGUAACCCUGAUAAAUGAGGGGUUUUGGUACUGUAUCUGAUGUGUAUGUACACAUCAUUUAAAUGUCAUGUCAGCUUUUUAAAUAAAAAUUAUUUUGUAUUUAAA